AUGACUAGAUCGAGAGUGAAUCUUGCUUUGAUUGAAGAUAUCACCGAGAGAAAAGUCUCAUACAAAAAAAGACAAAAAGGAUACUUGAAAAAGGCCCAAGAACUUAGCACCCUAUGUGAUGUUGAGACUGCUACUGUCGUCUAUAGUCCUUACCACGACGAACCUAAGGUAUUUCCAAAUCAGGAAGCUGUUACCAAUACUUUUAGAAAGUUUAGGGAGCUGCCAGAGUUGGAGCAAUUUCAAAAUAUGGAGACACUAGAAGAUGUCAUCAAGAAAAGGAUUAAGAAGUUGGAGAAUCAAUUGUCAAAGGUAAGGAAGGAGAACAGGGUGAAGGAGUUCACGAACAAGAUGCAUGAAGUGUUGAAUGGAAAAAAUAUUCCCACUAACAUUAAACCUUACGAUCUCAACGAUCUGAGUUACGUGAUCAAUGAAACCCUUAAAAGGGUACGUGAAGUGAUGAAAAUAAAGGUUGAUGGAGAGGCUUCUACAUCAAAUGAUCCUGGAAUGAUCCCUCCAGUGGCUCCAACCACAAUGGCUUCUCCAAGUCCUUUACCAAUGAUAGCUCCUUCAACAUCUGCUCCAGCAUUUCCUCCAAUGACACCAUUAAUGGACCCCUCAAUGAAUGUCCCCCAAAUAAGUGCAUCAAUGCCAAUGAAUAACUACCAAAGAUAUUCCUAUGACUAUCCACAGAGUCCUCCAUUGUCUGAGAUGUUUAACUGGAAUGACGAUGUUGUGGGUUUUUUCGAUGAUAUGCCUUGCAACAACAAUGUUCAAGACUCCAACAACAACAACAAUAUCUAA